AGAGAGUUGUUUACAAACAGCAAAGUGUCAGAACAAAAAGCGAAAGCGUUGCUUAAAACUAUCAAAUGUAGAGAAUCGGUAAUUUCCCAAACAGUAUAGCGGCUCAUAACAGUUUCUAGUGUAUGUAAAUUAAAUCCUGGAUUGAUAUUUUCAGUGUGUGUGUGGGGGCAGCACGAUAAAGCUGAGCAGGUGCAGUGUCUAAGUUACAAAGAGGUGUUGGCUGUGGGCAGUCAGCAGGACACAUGGCAGAGGAAGGCAACAAGCUGACACUGAGGCGCCUGGAGGCACCAAUCCACAAGUUCAUUAAAGUGGCUCUACCCACGGACCUGGAGAGGCUGCAGAAACACCACAAUAACAUACUGAAGUUCCAACAAAGUCAGCAAUGGGAGCGGCUUCAUCUGGAGCAUAUCAAUGCCAGCAGAACGGUUCAGCAACUGAGAGCGAACAUCAGAGAGAUGGAGAAGCUGUGCACACGGGUACGCGCCGAAGACGCCGCCGCUCUGGAAGCGCUCAUCAAGCCAGUCAAAGACAGGGCGUCAGCCGCCGCACAAGACUUCCUGCUUUUGCACUCUAACCCCGUGCCUCAACCUGCUCCGACAACACCACCUGCUGCUCAGCCGUCCAGCUGCGUUUCCAGUAGUCACCGCGCUGAUGACGAUAUGUGCGAGGAGCCAGUGUCUGGCAGGCAAAUUCUGCUCCAGCUUCCAGAAAUCCCUGCUGAUCAGAGUGCGGCUGAGUCCUGGGACAACUUGGAGGAGGGUCUGAAGGAACUGAGCGGUUUGGUGAUGGAGUUCUCUUUGCUCGUCCAUUCCCAGCAGGAGAAGAUUGACAGCAUAGAGGACAACGUCAACACAGCCGCUGCCAACGUGGAGGAGGGGACCAAGAGCCUAGGGAAGGCGGUGGGCUACAAGUUGGCGGUUUUGCCGGUUGCCGGGGCGCUGCUGGGUGGUGUAUUAGGAGGUCCACUAGGCCUGCUGGCUGGGUUCAAAGCCGCAGGGGUGGCUGCUGCUCUGGGAGGGGGCGCCUUGGGGUUUGCCGGCGGCAAUCUGGUCCAGAAACACCGCAAAGCCCGAGUGGAAAUGCAGAUGAAACAACUGACCGCACCACCAACAAAACCAAAAACAGAACCAGAGUCACACAAGGACAAAUGACCCAACAGUUUGGGAUAGUCCUCUGACCUCCGUUGCUGACUAAUCACUGAGGCUUUAGUGUUGACUGACCAAUCAGAAGCAAAAACCAAGCCCCCAAGUGAUGUCACACUGCCUUAAAAGACUCAACACGAGACGUCACCAAGCUUUGCUGUUACCAAGCACUGUUCUAAACAAUUCUGUAAAAAAAAGCUUUACCUGAGAGUCAGACGCGUUGAUGAUGGUGUAAAUGGAUUGUCUUAUUUUAUAUAUGACUGAAUUUUGUUUUUUUCGUCUGAACACAACUGAGCAGUCAUUUACACUACAUCUUUGCGUGUGUGGGUUGGGUCAGCAUGACUGCUCUGACACCAGAUAAAGUCACAGCGCAAACCUUUCGCCCAAAGCCAUAACCAACAAACAUUGGGCCUCAUUCACAAAAAAACUGAGCUUAAAUUAAGCGUACAAACAUUUAAUCCACAAAGCUGGGAUUCAUGAAUAUUUUCUUACCUGAAAUUGUUUGUACUCUGCGAAGAAAUUCAGAACUGUCUCAGACCAUGCGUACUCACAAGUGAUGAAGGCCCAGCUGUCAUAGAAAAUGAAAACACACAAAUUUUUAGCUAAAUGCAAAGCAUAUUAAAACAACAUUCAUUGAAAGAAGGCUUUAAUAGACAACAAUAUUUAAAAACAUUGGUUUACUUAUGUAUUUGGCAAAUGUAUUCAGUAACCAGGAAAGUGACACCCUUUUAUCCUUAUCAAUUAUUGUCAUAAAAUAUUCAUAUGAAUGUCGGGGAAAAAAACACAAAAAGAUGUGAAAUACAAGAGUCGGCACUGUAUUUCAAAGUGUCUCUAAGUGCCCUAGGAAUGAGUCCUAAAACUCAUUUCAGCACGCCCGGUUCCCUCAUGACCAAGUCAGAGGGUUUUUUGAAUGUGAUUUUGGUUAGAAGCCUGAAAUAAAGUCUAAGUUUAACACAAGCUGAAAAGACUUUAAUGUUUCGAAACCCCUUGCGAGGGACUGCGUUGCAGAAAGUUAGUGGCUGUAUUUUGAGCUGCAAAACCAAUUUAGCACUGUUGAUACGGUUCCCACAAAUUUUCUUAACUUUUUCAAAACUUUUCAAGGAACAAUAGUAACAUUUUUCUCUUGCCCCACUUGGCCAGCAUUUUUCCGACAUAACAGAUUCUAUUCUCUAUUCACACAUCAUUUCAGCUAGCUGGCUGGCAUGCAUGAAAGGAGAGGUGGACUGUUGGAGGAAAAUAAACACAAAAUAAAUUUGCCAUCGUUUAUCAUAUCCAUGGAAGAUAACUUUACAAACUACAUUAAACACAAAAAAAUUCAUGACUUUUACCUAAUUCUUAAUGAUUUCUACUAAUUCAGUGACUAAAAAUUAUGUAAUGUAGCAAGAAAAUGUAUGUAACAGUUAAAAAAAAAAAAAAGAAAAAAGAAAAAGAAAAGUUGUCGCACAUUGACUCAUAUUGGAGCUACAUUACCUUGACAGCUCAGAAAAUAAAUUUGCCAUUCUGUUACAUUACAUUGAAGGUGAAAUGUGUGAAAUUCCAUGACUUUUCCAGGUUUUCCAUGGCCGUGGGAACCCUGUGUUAACAGUGCUAAAGAGCUAAUGGCUAACUGUAGUGGUGCUAACAUUAGCAUCACGAACGUUAGCCGUGCUGACACUGCUAACAGCACCAACAAAGUAAACGGUGAUUAACAACGUUUAAGGGUGUUUGCGGAUUAUAAUUUAGAGCUUUCUUCGCGGGCCAGCCGGAGGGGGGCAUUGGAGAUUGGGUGCAAUGUUUCCAACUUAGUCAGGAUUGUGUUAACAACCGGUAACCGCCGAAUGAGCGGCGCUGCUAGCUAACAUUAGCUUCCACCCCACCACAUUCGUUACCACCAAAAAUACAGCGUCCAACAUAUUACCGGUUAACCGUUAACAUCACGAAUUAAAAACAUUACCUCAGUUCUGGCUAACAAUUGAGUAACGUGUAAAAGGAUACCCAAAUCGAAACGUAUGAGUUUUAUUUUCCAUUGUUUUUAUUGACUUGGACGGCUAAUGUUACUCCUACAAAUUUAUAAUACCAUGAAAUUGCACUUAAAUAAAGGGUAUAAAAGAUUAUGAUUUACCUCCAAACAGGUGUUAAGACAUGUAACCUUGCUGGCAGAUAUCAGUUGUUUUCGGCUGCCGAGUGAUGUGUCAACACGACCAUAGAAACAACUUUUUCUAUGGUCUACAACUAUUUCCAUGAUACACCUGUUGGCAGGCACAGGUAUUUCCGUGGUAGAUAGAACGCAUGCGCCUGUCAGUUUAGUACGAGUCUGACUGUACGCACGUGAACCCGACGUAAGUAUGCGUGCAUUCAUGUUUUGGUUUUUUUUGUGCGGAAAGAAAGAACAUUUCUUAGCACAUAUGGUAUUAGUUAAUGAGGCCCAUUGGUCAUUAACCCUUUGAAACCUGAGCAAAUUAGCUUGUUUUAAUUUAUGGGAAAAGGCAAUAAGGCACUUAACAAGAA